AAUACGUUAAUAGUAGGUAUUAUAAGGAUUAGCUUCGGCCUAGGUAAGGAAAUCGUCGCCUUAGGUACGGUAGAAAUAGAGACGCACUUCGGAACGAUAACUUUUUAUAUCCUACCCGUUAAUACCCUAUUUCUCUUAUAUUUAAAAGAUAUAGAUUAA